AUAAUCUGUAUGGCCAUUUGACGUCAGAUUUGACGCUUUUACGUGAUGAUGUCGUAAAUCUUUAAAUAAUCUCGGCACGCGGUCUGAUUUUGGAUGAAUUGAUCUUCAGUCUCGAGACGCCGCUCAGCGCAGCUCCCAAGUUUCACCGCCGUCUCCUGCCCGCUGUUUAAACCCUGAUAGAGUCCAUGCAAAAUGGGAAGGCUGCAUUUUUACGUCCUUUGGUCUCUGCGUGACGCUCCCCGGCAGUUUAUUAGCAAAUCCAACAGAAGGUGCUUCCAAGUCCACAUCCCGCUGCCUCUUCCCAAACAGCUGGUCGUCUUCGGUUUGGGAGAAUGGUCGUGCAAAGACGCAACAUUGUCGGCCGAGGUGGUGGUCGGUGAGGAUGUCCAGCCACAGAACAUAGGGACUCUGUCCACACAGAUAAAGUGUCUGACCUGGGAAGGUGACUGGAGCGAUGACAUCAUCAGAGCGGCGGCAGAGAGAGGCCGGAGAGGAGUGUAUGGCAAGAUUGUACUGAAGGUCUGCGGAGAGGAUGACAUCAGUGUCGUUAGAAGUACCCCUUUGUCUCAGAGGAAACGCCUGAUCUCAGAACAGCACAGUGUGACCGAUCUCUCCAGCACUCUGCCGGAAACUGCUGAAAAUGAAACGUUCUCAUCCACAUCUUUGCAGAUAAUCUCAGAGUCCUCACACAUGGGCAACAGUGUUUGCUAUUCUGAAAUCCAAGUAAAUAAAGUUGACACCAGUGACUCUCUCCUGCCUGCAGCUUGGCCUACGGAUAAGACACCCAGGCGUACUGUCAUUAGUCGGAGAGCCCGUCUGAGGUGGAGCUCAGAGGAUAUGGACAGUCUCACAGAGGACACGGACAAAGCAUCCACCCCCAAGAAAAAGAAACUGUGCAGGAUGAGCAGCCAGGAGGAAAUGAGUGCGCAGAUUAAAAAUGAGAACAGGGAAGUUUCAGCAUGCCCAUCAAAGCGUUGGAGCCAUACAAUGUGUCUGAGUGACCCAGAUACAGCUGUCCUCAUUGGAGGGGAAACUUCAGAUCAGAACCACUGCAAGGACUCCCUGUGGAAGCUUGAGUUGGAUGGUGACUUCUGGUUCCCAAUGAACUCUUCUGCUUCUGGACCCGUGCCUCCAUGUGCACGGGGACACACGGCAACCUUUGACCCAGACUCUAAGGCAGUGUUUGUGUACGGUGGCCUGCGGGAGGGUCAGCGCUACAGCGAGAUGUACAUCCUUAAUACUCUGACCUGGAAGUGGAGGCUUGUCACUGCAAAAGGGAAUGUGCCGAAUUUGUCAUACCACUCAGCGGUGUUCUACCAGAAAGAGCUUUUUGUCUUCGGAGGAGUUCAGCCCAGCCAUGCACUGGGAGAUAGAUCCUGCUGUAACACUCUCUACAUCUUCAGUCCAGAAUAUGAGCUCUGGUACCAGCCCAUUGUGGAGGGGGACAAGCCUCUACCUCGCUUUGGGCACUCGGCUACUCUUCUUGGACAGAAACUGAUAAUUUUUGGAGGACGAAAGACGGCGGCCUACCUAAAUGAUCUUCAUGUUUUGGAUCUGGGACUGAUGGAGUACACAGCUGUGAAAUAUGCGAACAUGCCACCGUUGCCUCGAGGGUUUCAUGCGGCAGCUCCGGUGUUGGAUAACAGGAUUCUGAUCAGUGGAGGCUGCUGUGCAAUUGGAGCUCUGCAGGAUGUACAUGUCUUCAACACAGAAACCAAUAUAUGGAGCUCAAUUGCAUGCCCUCUGCUUUGCUCCAAGCCCCGUGCAGGACACAGCAUGAUAAAUUUACAAACGGAGCAGGGUGAAAACAGAAAUGUCAAGUGCAGAGUGCUGGUCUUCGGUGGGUCUGACUGCUCCGGUUGCUUCUAUGGUGACACAUUAAAAUGUCCCGUGGAAAUUACUGGUGACAAAUGAUUAUACUUAUGCAGCUGCAGAAAAAAUGACGUAAAAGAAAAUAGGUUUCUUUUGCUUUAUUCUGGUCAUAAAUCAGAGUGUAACCACAGAUUGUGCACCAGUAAUAAAAUGUAUGCACUGAUUUCUGAGGUCUUGCACUUUGCGUAACAAAUGUUUCAUUUGCAUGUUUUGCCUAUUACAAAUCUGAGUUAUUUGAUGUUGGAAAUAUAUUUGUAUGGAAUAUUUUGAGUUUCAUUGUUAUUUAAUGUUGAUUCAAUAAAACACUUCUUUAAAGCA